AUGGCUAGCCCUCACACUAAUACCUACCUAAACGAACAGGCUUGCAAAUCCGAACCAUAUGAUCGAAAUGGCAUUCCGCUAAGUCAUUGCCACGUUUGCUGCGUGAGAGGACGCGAAAACCGCGAAACGAAAACGAAACUUCAACGAACACAAGUGAAUGACAAACAGAAAGAGCAAAAAGAAGCGGUGUUGGGCGCUCAUGUGAUACCCUUGGAGGAGGAAGGCUAUUGGGGAUCGCCAUGCAGUUCCAGCGAAUCCCUUGAGCAUCGAGACGAGUAUUCUCCUGGCCAGAAUGUACUGUCGUCGCAAUCCGGACCGGAAGGAUCGUCCCCUUAUGGUAGCCAGUAUCAUCACCAUCAUCACCACAAUCAGCCAGUGUACUGUCCCGUUGAGUAUGAGAAAACGAGUUAUAUAUGUGACGAGGGCUAUUACGGAGCAACAACGGCAACAAGCACAAGCGGUGGAUCGAUGUCAUCGGUGAAUGCUUCAAGUGCAAUAGUUACCGGCAGUGUCCCGGUAGUACGAGUAGUCAAAAGACGCAACACGGCGAACAAGAAAGAACGUAGACGUACUCAAAGUAUUAACUCGGCCUACACCUCGCUGCGGGAUCGUAUUCCAAAUGUUCCGAAUGAUACAAAGCUUUCAAAGAUUAAAACGCUCCGACUAGCAAUCUCAUACAUUGCACAUCUACUAGCAGUCGUGAACGGCAACCAAGAUCCAUCCUGCGACUUCCGAGCGGAACUGGUACCCUCAUCAAGAAAGAUAAACGCGGAACGAAGGGCGCAGAAAAGUAUGCUCCAAAACCUGGCCAACGAGGGAAAGAAAAUCAAAGGCAGAACCGGAUGGCCACAGCACGUUUGGGCGUUGGAAACCAAGACUACCAUCAAGUGAAAUAACUUCAAAAUGUGCAUUUCAGAGACAUAAGAUGUUCAUCCUAUGAUUUUAAACACUAAUCUACGUUGAAUCCGUGAUAUUGUACUUUUUUUUCGUAAACAAGUGAUCAGAACCAAAUUUGUAAAUAAUUGUUUAGUUCAUUCAGUUGUUUGUACCAAUCAAUGAAUAAUAAAAAUCUCGAGUGUUUAA